AUGCUAAAAAAGAAGAAAACAGAAGUAUAUGCUUUAGGUCAACAUAUAUCUAUGUCUGCUGACAAAGCACGAAGAGUCAUUGAUCAAAUUCGUGGACGUUCCUACGAAGAAACACUUAUAAUACUAGAGCUCAUGCCCUAUCGAGCAUGUUAUCCCAUUUUUAAAUUAGUUUAUUCUGCAGCAGCAAAUGCUAGUUACAAUAUGAGUUCCAACGACGCCAACUUACUCAUUAGUAAAGCUGAAGUCAAUGAGGGUACUACCAUAAAGAAAUUUAAACCCCGGGCUCGGGGGCGUAGUUAUCCGAUAAAAAGACCUACCUGCCAUAUAACUAUUGUAAUGAAAGAUAUAUCUUUAGAUGAUGAAUACGUAAAGAUAAAUUCACUAAAAAAACCUAGAUGGAAAAAUAAACAUACAGCUAUGGUAUAUCAUGAUAUGUAUAGUAGUGGAGGAGUAUGGGACAAAAAAUAA